CCUAUCCAACCUACCCGCAUUAUCCACACCUGAAGUAUGUCUGGUUUUAGGGUUUACAGAAACAGCUAAACACAGACGACGAUGAAAAAAGGGUUUAGGGUUUCAAACCUAAUCUCCUUCAACAUUUCAAAUCAUUAUCAUCAUCAUGUAGAUUCGCCAUUGAUGUUCAGAUUGUUCUCCUCCUCAUCAUCAUACAACAACAGCAACAGAUCUAACGACGGUUACUCCGGCGGCCGCCCACCGCCACGCCGCCGCUCCGGCGACAAUUACACCUCCUCAAAUCGCACCUCACGACUCUCCGGUUUCAUCGACGAUAACGGUGGCGGAAGAAGAGAUUAUGAAGAGCAAAAUUCCCAAUUUACCCCUGCAAACCCUAGCAAAGGUAGAAGAGAUUUUGAUACUAAUAGAAAACUUAAUAAUUAUCAUUCUGUUAAUGAUAGUAAGUAUAGAGUUAGUAAUAGAUCAGAUAACAGAAAAUCUGUAGGUAAUAUUAAUAGUAAUAGCUCUUAUGUUCCAUUUGGUGAUGAUGAUGAUGAUAAUAUUAAUGAACAAAAUUCCAAGUUUACCCCUGGAAACCCUAGGAGACAUGUUGAGGAUAAUAAGAUGCAGGAUGUUGAUGGAUUUCUUGAUAGGUUUAAGCUAGGGUUAGAUCAGGACAAGAAUAAGGUCAAUUUCGACAAUUUGAAUGGCGGUACGGUGAAUGUCGAUAGGGGUGCUGGAGAGGGAGAAAUGGCGGCGGAGGAGGAUACGAGGGUGCGGCCGCCGGAAGAUGCGGACGAGAUUUUUAGGAAGAUGAAGGAAACCGGGUUGAUACCGAAUGCGGUGGCGAUGCUGCAUGGUUUGUGUAGUGACGGGUUGGUUCAGGACGCGAUGAAGUUGUUUGGCGUAAUGCGUGAGCGAGGGUCGAUUCCGGAGGUGGUGAUAUACACGGCGGUGGUGGAAGGGUUUUGUAAGGCGCAGAAGGGGGACGAGGCGAUAAGAAUAUUUAGGAAGAUGCAGGGGAAUGGGAUUGUGCCGAACGCGUUUAGUUAUGGGGUUAUUGUUCAGGGGUUGGUUAAAGGGAAAUGGUUGGAUGAUGGGUUUGAGUUUUGUUUGGAGAUGGUGGAAGCAGGGCAUUCGCCGAAUUUGGCUACGUUUACGGGGUUGGUUAGCGCGUUUUGUAGGGAAAGGGGUCUGGAAGCUGCUCAGAUUGUGAUCAGUAAGUUGAAAGAUAAAGGGUUUGGAUUUGAUGAGAAGGGUGUUAGAGAUUUUAUGGAGAAGAAAGGUCCUUUCUCGCCAAUGGUUUGGGAAGCUAUCUUUGGGAAGAAGAGUUCACAAAUGUUAUGAGCAUUUUAUAUGUGUGAGUUCUUAUCUACAUAACCUUUUGUUUGUGUUUUUGAUCAAUAAAUACUCUACUCGAUUGGGUUGAGUUGACUUGAUCUAUAAUGACAUGAUAGUUGUUUUAGUUUUUUGUAUGUAUUAGCAUUCUGUUACUGUUAGUUUUCUUCAUAUUAGUAAACAUAAUCAUAAUAUAUUCCCUAGUUA